UAGAAAAUAAAGAAAAAAUAUUAAAAGAAUUUUUUGAUGAUAGUGACUAUUUUGAUAUUCCUAAAAAUUUUUAUUUUUUGAAAAUUAAACAUCCAAUCGUUACUGAUGACAAUGGUGCCAAUGUUGAUAUUAUAGGAUUUUCUUUUCAAGACA